CAAUACCGACUGCGUUACCCAUCUUGUUACUGCUUCAUCCCGUAUUGACCCUCCCGUAGUCCUAACAAUCUGCUUUGCAAAAACAUACUGUGUACGGCACUUUAUCUAUCUGGGAAUGCCAAGAUGGAGGAUGCCACUUGCAGCCUAGCAGGUCUCUUUUGUAGGGCAGGUCGACCCGAACAUAGUAAGUUUUAUCCAAUAAGGAAACCGUCAAUAAUGUCGAUAGCGGAGACUGCUGACUGCAUUGUGUAUUAAUAUCAUUUUUUAUUUUGCGUAUAACUAGCAAGUUAGCAGCUGUGUCUAAGUGGAGUGCCAUUCUGAGUAGGAAAGAAAGAAGAAAUACAAUGGAACACUACGUCGACGGAGAUGUGUCUCUGGACACCAGCGGAGACCAAAAGACUGAUUAUUCAAGAUGGCGGUUGAUGGACGAACAAGGCCGCCAAUCCUGGCGCUAUCUUGAGUCUGACGAGGAGAGGGCAGACUGGCCACAGACGACGUUCGAGAAGCAUUUCCUUGGUCUGGACACUGCAAACCUACCCAAGGCGCAAACCCCGUUACAGGCCGCCCAAGGCGCCAUGUCAUAUUUCAGCCAACUGCAGCUGCCCUCGGGACAGUGGGCGAGCGAGUGCACCGGACCCCUCUUCAUCCUGCCCUGCGUAGUCAUAGCCGGGCACGUGACGGGCAGCCCCCUUCCCGCCGCGUAUGCCGUCGAGAUCCGGCGCUACCUCUUUGCGCGCCAGCGCGUUGUGGAUGGAGGCUGGGGGUGGCACGCCGAGGCGCGCAGAAGCUCGGCCAUCGGCACCGCCCUCAACUACGUCGUCUUGCGGCUGCUGGGGGCGGGCCGAGACGACCCGCGCCUGGUCAGGGCCCGGGCGUUGCUGCACGAGCUCGGCGGAGCUACGCACGCUCCCGGCAUCGCCAAGUUCUGGCUCUGCGUCCUCGGCGUCAUGAAGUGGGAGUGCGUCAAUCCGUUCCUACCCGAGUUAUGGCUCACGUCCGACUCGGAUCCCGCCGCGCCGAGCAAAUGGUAUCUCCACACGCGCACCAACUUCACCUCCAUGUCCUACGUGUGGUCCAAGCAGUGGAGCUAUGGCGGGGAUGCCGUCACCGAGCAGCUCCAAGCCGAGCUCUACACGCAGCCCUACAACACCAUUGACUUUGCUGCACACCGCGGCUCCCUCGCCGCCGUGGACAACAACUAUCCCAAGUGGUGGCUUGUGAACCUCGUUAACUGGCUGACCGUCACCGUCUACGUCCCGUACUUGCGCAAGCCCGCCACCGCCGAGAGCGCCGAGCGCAAGGUUUGGGACCUCAUCGUGGCCGAAGACAGGAACACCGAGUACAUCGGGCUCUCGCCCAUCAGCAAGGCCGCGAACCUCGUCGCCUGUUACUUCCACGAGGGGCCUGACGGGAGCUCGGUCCGCGCCCACCGGCGAACCAUGACGCAGUACUUCUGGAUGACCAAGGACGGCAUGGCGUGCAACCUCUCAGAUGGGAUUCAGGUCUGGGACACGUCGCUCGGGGUGCAGGCGCUCGCCGCGGCGGGUGCGGGCGCCAAGGCAAACCCUCGGUUCCAGUCCACGCUCGUUAGGGCCCAUGCCUUCCUGGCGGACCACCAGCUGCUGGAAGACAUAGCGGACCAGGACAAGUGCCACCGGUGGCCUCGCAAGGGCGGGUGGCCGUUCAGCACCCGAUACCAGGGCUACAUGAUUAGCGAGUGCACCGCCGAGGGCCUCCGCUCCGUCAUGCAGCUUCAAGAGAUGAGCCACUUGCAUCUGGCCCAGCGGAUACCCGAGCAAAGGCUGCGGGACGCCGUCGACUGUCUGCUGAACCUGCAGAACGACACGGGCGGCUUCGGCGUCUACGAGAAGCGACUAGGUUCGCCCAAGCUCGCGUGGCUGGAGAUGGGCGAGUUUGUGGGCAAGACCAUGGUCACGUACGACCAUGUCGAGUGCACUACCGCCGCCGUAUCCGCCCUUCUGUCUUUUAGCAAGCUGCAUCCCGACUACCGCGCCGUCGAAAUCGAGACGACGACAGCGCACGGGCUGUCCUUCAUCAAACAAUCACAAAAGCCCGACGGCGGCUGGCAUGGUGCCUGGGGCGUCUGUUUCACCUAUGCGGGAAUGUUUGCGCUGGAAGCCCUAGCCCUCGCGGGAGAGACGUACGCGACUAGUGAGGCGUCGCGUCGCGGAUGCGACUUCCUCCUGGACAAGCAAAAGGAAGAUGGGGGCUGGGGAGAGUCUUACCUGAGCUUGCGGCAGGAAGAGUACGUUCAGCAUGAAGAGUCCCAGGUGGUGCAGACGGCCUGGGCCUGCAUGGCGCUGAUUCAUGCCGGAUACGCUGAGAGGGAGCCUGUGAAAAGGGGACUGAGAUUGAUCAUGUCUCGCCAGCAGUCCAAAGGGCAAUGGUGCCAAGAGUCACUCGAGGGUGGUAUCGGACAUGGGGUUAUAUCUUAUUCCAAUUAUAAGCUUUACUGGCCAAUCCGAGCUUUGGCUGAAUAUGUUGCCAGGUUUGGAAACGAGCAGCUGUGAGGAAAAUAGGAGUCAUAUUGUCGAUAUUUACUUUAGGCCAUGUAAGAAGCAUGCAAGGAUAUUGGUUGUUUCAAAUCAUCAAUUAAUGAUAGAUUGUUCUUCUAGCCUAGCGCUUGAUGCCAUCUUUGUUGCUUCCUCUCGUUAUCAGGCGAAAAAUCCCCAAACCUAUCAGCGUACCUGGAU